UUUGGCAGGGACCAGCGGCCGAGGGGGCGCAAGGCUGUGCAAAGGGUGAUACAGGCGCUGAAACCGCUGGGUCUGUCCGUCCGCUCCCAGAUCCUGAAGCUGGGCGAGGACUGGAUCUUCCUCUUCCUCCUUGGCAUCUGCAUGGCGACCAUCAGCUUCGGCCUCGACGUCGUCAUCUCCAAGUUCCAGCGAGCCAACCUGUGGGUGUACGACGCGCUGGAGGGGUACCGGGCCCUGCAGUAUUUCUCCUGGGUCCUCUACCACACGGGGCUCAUGAUGGUCUCAGCCGGAGUCGCCAAAUACAUCUCGCCGCAGGCAGCAGGCUCCGGGAUCCCCGAGCUGAAGGUGACGCUCCGGGGGGUCGUGCUCAGCGAAUUCUUCACCCUGCGAACCGGCCUGGCCAAGCUGCUCGGGGUGAUCUGCACCCUGGGGGCCGGCAGCACCAUCUUCCUGGGCAAAGUGGGCCCCUUCGUUCACAUGGCCACGAUCCUGGCCACCCAGCUGGGCCGCGUGAUGGUUCGAGUUGCCGGGACCAAGGAGAACCCGGCCCGCAAGUACGAGAUGUUGGUGGCCGGGGCGGCCGUGGGGGUGGCCUGCUGCUUCGUGGCCCCCGUGGGGGGGGUGCUGUUCUCCGUGGAGGCGAUGGGGACCCACUUCGCGCUGCGCGAUUACUGGCGCGGCUUCUUCUCCGCGUCCUGCGCCGCCCUCACCUUCCGCCUGCUGCCCCUGCUGCACGGGGAGCGCGAGACGGUGGCCGUUCUCUUCAGCACCGGCUGGCGCGUCGAGUUCCCCUUCGACCUGCCCGAGCUGCUCUCGUUCGCCCUGCUGGGGGCGCUGUGUGGGGCUCUCUGCUGCGUCUACCUCUUCUGCCACCGUAACCUGCUGCUGGCCCUGCAGAACCGGCCCCUGCCCGGGCGCCUGCUGGGCAACAACAAAAUCCUCCACGCGGGGCUGGUCUCCCUGGUGCUGGCGAGCGUCACCUUCCCCCACGGGCUGGGGCAGUACCUGGGGGCGCGGCUGACCAUGAAGGAGCUCCUGGAGACUUUCUUCAACAACUGCACCUGGGGGCAGGCGGAGCUGGGGGGGCUGAACGCCUCCCGCCAGCCCCCCCACCCCUCCUACGCGGACCCCUGGCUCCAGUGGACCCACCCCCAGCUCUCCUCCCUCGAGAUGCUCAGCGUCUUCCUGCUCUCCAAGUUCUUCAUGCUGCUCCUCGCCACCACCAUGGUCGUCCCUGCCGGCUACUUCCUGCCCGUCUUCGUCUACGGCGCGGGGCUCGGGCGGCUCUAUGGGGAGAUCAUGGCCAAGGUUUUCCCCGAAGGGAUCGUCUCUGACGGGAUCCGCAUCGCCAUCGGCCCCGCGGCCUACGCCCUGGCUGGCGCGGCGGCCUACUCGGGCGCGGUGACCCACACGCUCUCCACGGCGCUGCUGGUGUUCGAGCUGACGGGGCAGAUGGCGCACGUGCUGCCCGUGCUCAUUGCGGUGCUGGUGGCCAACGGGCUCAGCCAGCGGCUCCAGGCCUCCUUCUUCGACGGCAUCAUCAUCGUCAAGCAGCUGCCCUACCUCCCCAAGCUGGGCGUGGGGCAGAGCGGGGCCCACGACAUCUACGCGGAGGAUUUCAUGGUCAUGGACCUCAAAUACCUGCCCCGGGGCUGCAGGUUCAAGGACGUGCGGGGUCUGCUGAAGGCCUCCAGCCUCAAACAGUUCCCGCUGGUGGACUCCCGAGAGUCCAGGAUCUUGCUGGGCUCCAUCCGGAGGAAGCAUCUCGCCAAGCUGCUGUCGGAGCAACUGAGCACGGAAAAGCGAUUCCAGUAUCUGCUCCGUCAGUCCGAGGCGUACAGCCCCACAGAGCCCCUGCUGGGUGCAGAUGGCACUUCGGGGACCCCAGAGGAGAAGCCAGAAGCACCGAUGGUUUCUGCUGAGCCGCGCGAUGGGGGGACAUCAAAGGAAGAGGAGCAAGGCACCCAGCUAUCUGUCAAGAUGAAGGACGUGUGUCACUUGGAUGCUUUGCGCUGGCUGCAGGUGGAGGACUGGGAGUGCCAGCAGCUGCAGGCGCCGGUCCGGCUGGAGGAGCUGCCCAUCGACCCGGCCCCCUACCGCCUGCUGGAGAAGGAGACCCUCUACCAGUGCUACGACCUUUUCAACUUGCUGGGCCUGAGGACCGCCUAUGUCACCAACGUGGGCCGGCUGGUCGGGGUGGUGAGCCUCCGAGAGCUCAAAGCCGCAGUGGAGGGGUCGGUCAAGGGCACCUUCACCAGAUGCCGGGAACGCGAUGGGGACCCCGACCCCAAUGGAGCCUCGGCCUAGCGGGGAUUGGAGCAUCCGGCCUCCCCCUCAAACCUCGAAUGAGGGGGCAGGGGAAAGAAAACCCCCCACAGAGCCCCGUGCCCCGUCUUUUCUGUCUCGCUUCCCGCGUCCCAGCUCCAGUACCCCCAGUGACCCCUAAAUUAUUAACCCCCUGUUUUCUGGAGCUGGCCCCAGUGAACCCCCCCUUCCAAUCACCCAGUAAA